AUGGAAAACGUUGAUCGGAUCACAUUGCUAAACGAUAUUGAUGUUCUUACCACAAACUACACUAUCAAGGUUAAAAUUGUUAGUUUGUGGAGGAAGAAAAUGAGGGAUAAUGAAAGGGAGACAUAUCGGAUAGAUAUGAUACUGAUGGAUGAAAAGGGUAGCAAAAUUCAAGCUUCUUGCAUGCACAAGCUAUUUUCAAAAUUUGAGAGGCAUCUUAAUGUUGAUGAAUGCCUUAUCAUUAAACGGCCAUCUCUUGCUGCUAACACAGCAUCUUUCAAGAUUGUUCCUAACAACCAGAAGCUAACUUUUUAUUAUCAUACCUUUGUCGAAAAGUGCAAUGUAUGGGACGGUCCGCAAUACGUUUUCAAUUUUGUUGAGUUUAAUGAUGUUCUUUCAAUGAAAAUAAAAGAGGGUACGACAGUAGAUUUCAUUGGCUAUGUUGGUGUUUGUUAUAACAUUGAGGAUACUAACAAGAAGGAUGGUAGCAAAGGGAAACGUCUUAAUCUUAAGCUUCAAGAUCUUGAAGAUGUUCAGAUUGAUUUAACUCUUUGGGACGAUCACGCUAAGGACAUGUAUUCUUACAUGAUUAGUGAAAAGCGUGAAGCACAUGUUGUCGUUGUUGUCCAUUUCGGUGCAGUUAAAUCAUACAAAGGCAAAUGGGGAUUAUCCAAUAACUUUGAUGGUUCAAGAGUUUUCAUUAACGACAACUUUGAUGACAUGCUAUUGUUCAAGCAAAAGUUUCUUGCUAAACUUUCUGCUUCAAGUGAGUCAAGUAGCCAUGCUGGGUCAUAUAUGAUGUGUUCUGUCGAAGAUGAAUUUUUAAAGAAUGAUGUUUUUUCACCACUUGCUUACCUUCCAUCAAUCUUAGAGCCAAAGAAAGUUGUUGUUGUUGGAACUAUUGUGGCAAUCGUUUCUGAUAAGAUGUGGUAUUAUGAUGGUUGUAACUAUUGCAAGUCAAAAGUUGAGAAAAAGUUUGAAACCUAUGAUAAAGAUGAUGGAACAAGUGAUGUUAGAGAUACGCAGUUGUAUCAAUGUUCUAACAAGGAUUGUAAUGGAAAAGAGGUUUUCCCGAUGUCCAGGUUCAAAAUACCGGUUCGCGUUCAAGAUUCAACUGGAACUGUGACGCUUACAUUAUUUGACCAUGAGGCGAUGAAGUUUGUUCGGAAAACUGCAAAGGAGCUUAUUCAAAUUCAGGACGAGUUAUUGCAAACUAAUGAUUUCCCAAGAGAAUAUCCCGUUGAAUUUGAAGAGUUGCUUAAUCAAAAGUGUGCUUUUGUGAUUAAAGUAACUGACUUUAAUAUUGCAAAUGGUGUCGAGAAUUAUGGAAUAUCAGUUGUUACAACUGAUGAUGACAUCUUGGAUAAGCUCAACAAAAAAUUUAAAAUAGAUCAAAUUGAUGCUUAUGAAACUUUUGGUAUGAGUCAGUCUGAGUUCCAAACUUCUGGUGCUGAAGGUUUGAAGGAUGCCGAUUCUUACACUGGGGAUAACACCACACCUAUUUCAAAGGAUUAUGCGGUUGACUUGAAACAAUCAUCCUCUGACAUGAAGCGUAACCUUGAUGAUGUUUAUUUGAAUGAAGUUGGAUUGGUGUCCUCAGCAAUUCUUUCUAUUGUUUUAAAAAUGCAUAAUAGGUUUGAACAACUUAAGUUGUAUUAUUCAGAACGUCCACAUAUUGACCUUGAAAAUAAAUCUGAGCAAGCUAAAUGUAGGCGUUCGUUAAGAAAGCUAUAUAUUGAUAAUAAGAGAUCAAAUGCAGCUGCUUUUCCGGAAUAUGUUGUCAGAGCUUUAGAGGCUAAACACAGGCGCAAGUUAAGAAAAUUAUACCUUGAUCGUAAGAGAUCAAAUGUUACAAAGAAAUUAAUUUCUAGAGGUGGUACUUCAACAUUGUCAUCAUCAACACCAAUCCGGUUAAAUAACAAAGAGAAUUUUACUCCCAAUAUUUCAAACAUCACCUUUCCUACCGAAUCUUCAACUGCUUUUGGGACAAGUAAUCAUUUAAAUUCGUCCUUUAAUGUAAGAUCAUCCGUUAUUACACAAUCAACUUUCAAGAAGAAAGGAAAUGUACUACACGAUCAGUUUUCAACACCCAUCCGUACACCACUUGCAAACCUAUCAAACACAAUGCCAGACAAUAUUGCAAGCUCAUCAACGUUACCAUUGAAUGAUUGCUUUUCUCUUCAUCCUAGAAUAUCCAAUAAACGUAACACAACAUUUUUGUCAUCUGAAUUAAGCUCGAUAAAAAAGAUGUCUUCUGGAAAGCGUAGACUUAUUCAUAAACCAAUUGAAAUACAACCCAUACCAAUGGCUGCUCUUGACUCUGAUGAUGAAAAUCACGUUAACGAGGUUGUGUUAGACGCCACAAAAGGCGUUUCUAAAGAUUACGUUGACCAUGGUGACCAAACUCUUACGUGUGGUUUAUGCUUUGCAAACUUAUGGCCAACCGAAGGUGGAAAGGGUCGCAUUACACUUCAAAAGCAAACAUAUAGCUUAUGUUGUGGAUAUGGUAAAGUUGAUUUGCCUGAAUAUAAAGAUUCUGAUCCAUCUUAUCAGAUGCUGUUUCGCGGUUUAGAUCAGGAAAGCAAAUAUUUCUUAAAGAACAUAAGACGUUACAAUUCUAUGUUUUCCUUUACUUCGAUGGGAGGAAAAGUUGAUACUAAAAUAAACAAAGGUAAUGCUCCAUUUGUUUAUAGAAUCAGUGGCCAGAAUGCACAUAGUAUGGGUAGUCUUCUUCCUAAGCAUGGAGCCCAGCCAAAAUUUUCACAGCUUUAUAUCUAUGAUACUGAGAAUGAGCUUACUAAUAGGGAGUUGUUAUUUAGUGAUUCUUCAAGCAAAGCUUCGAUUAGGGCAAAGGAACUUGAUGUGAAGUUUAUAAAGUAUAUUACGAACAUGUUAGAUUCUACGAAUAUGUUGGUUAAAACUUACAGGAUGGUACGAGACCAUCUCCAUGACAAUCCUAAUGUUACUCUUAAACUUCGUAUAAUCUCACAGAGGGAUAGAGACGGUAGGACUUACAAUUUACCUACGUGUUCUGAAGUUGCUGCUUUGAUAGUUGAUGAACCUGAUCUCCAGAUUGAAAGCCGUGAUAUUAUUGUUGAAAUGCGUUCUGGAGAACUAAAGCGUAUUAGCGAGUUACAUCCUUCUUAUCUUGCUCUACAGUAUCCAAUUCUUUUUCCGUAUGGAGACGAUGGAUAUAGGAUUAACAUUCCUCAUAGAGAAUUUGGUCCUAAUUCAAAGAAGACAAGACCAACUUGUACUAUGAGGGAGUUCUUUGCUUAUAGAAUUCAGGAUAGGCAUAACAAGUUUUCUCUAAUUCUUAAUGCAAGAAGGUUGUUUCAGCAGUUUUUAGUCGAUGCCUACACAAUGAUUGAGAGUGAGAGGCUAAACUACAUACGUUUUCAGCAAAUCAAACUUCGAUCUGAUUCGCUAAACAGUCUUAAAAAUGUUCAAGACGUUGGUCAGAGUGAUUUGAGUCAUACGGGACAACCUGUUAUAUUACCUUCAUCUUUUACGGGUGGUUCUCGAUACAUGAUGCAAAAUUACUUAGAUGCUAUGGCGUUAUGUCGGAAGUAUGGUUAUCCUGAUUUCUUUAUCACAAUCACAUGUAAUCCGAAAUGGCCUGAGAUUGUAAGAUUUCUAGGUGACUCUUCAAUUAAGCCUGAAGACAGACCUGACAUACUUUGUCGAUUGUUUAAGAUGAAACUUGAUGAAUUGAUAAAAGAUAUGAAGCAAAAAAAAAAUUUUGGCAAUAUUAAUGCAGUUGUUUAUACCGUUGAGUUUCAAAAACGUGGUUUGCCACAUGCGCAUAUUUGCUUAUUUAUGAAAGCUGAUCAUAAGCUUCCUACGGUUGAACACAUCGAUCCCUUUAUAUCAGCUGAAAUUCCUGAUAAGAAUGAGGAUCCUGAAUUGUAUUCUCUUGUGAGUGACUUUAUGAUUCAUGGUCCUUGUGGAUAUGCGAACAUGAAAUGUCCAUGCAUGGUUGGCAACCGUUGUUCAAAGAAUUUUCCGAAGAGGUUUUUGGAUUCCACUUCCAUUGAUUCUGAUGGUUUUCCAGUUUAUAGGAGAAGAGAUUCUGGUCACACAGUUGUCAAGAAGGGCGUUACUUUAGACAAUAGGAGUGUAGUUCCGUACAACAAAAACCUACUCAAAAGAUAUCAGGCACAUAUUAACGUGGAAUGGUGCAAUCAGGCUGGCUCAAUAAAGUAUUUGUUUAAAUACAUUAAUAAAGGACCUGAUCGAGCCACUGUUGCUGUUUUUGAUUCAGACAGAGGCCCCGAUGAGGAAAUUCCAAAAGAUGAAAUUAAAGAGUACUACGAAGCUAGAUAUGUUUCCGCAUGUGAAGCCAGCUGGAGAAUAUUUGGCAAUGAUGUUCAUUAUCGGUAUCCAUCUGUUAUGAGGUUACCAUUUCAUCUUCCAGGACAACAAAAUGUUGUUUUUAGUUGUGACGAUGAUAUUGAGGAUGUCCUAAACAAACCUCAAGUAAAUUCCUCUAUUUUCUUGGAAUGGAUGAAGAUGAACAAUUCUAAGCCUGAAGCAAGACAACUUACUUAUGUUGAGUUUCCCACAAAAUAUGUGUGGAAGUUAAAAGAUCGUUGCUGGCAGCAACGCCAAAAUUAUGUUGUUAUUGGAAGAAUUUAUUCUGCGUCUCCAUCUCUUGGUGAGGCUUAUUACCUACGAAUUCUUCUUACUAAGGUUAAAGGCCCACGAUCAUUUGAAGAAAUAAGAACAUAUGAUGGUGUUGUUUAUCCUACAUUUCGGGAUGCGUGUUAUGCACGUGGCCUGUUAGAUGAUGACAAUGAAUAUAUCGAGUGUAUUAAAGAAUCCAGUUUCACAGGAAACGGUCAUUAUCUUCGUUCUUUGUUUGCAACACUUCUAUUGUCUAAUACGCUAUCUAGACCUGAAGUUGUUUGGGAGAAAACGUGGGAGCUAUUGUCCGAGGACAUUUUAUACAAUAUGCGGAAGGAUUCUGGCAUGAGCGAUUUCGUUGUUUCUGAGGAACGUUUAAAGAAUAUUACGUUGUCGAAAAUCGAAAAAUUCCUUCUUCGUAAUGGAUCCAGCUUGCACAGGUUUUCACCAAUGCCUUAUCCUGAUGAUGACUAUCUGAUGUCGGAGAGCAACCGUUUGAUAAAUGAGGAGCUUUCUUUUGACAUUGAUGAAGUUACGGCUGAGUUCAAUAAUCUUCACAGCUGUCUAAACGGCGAUCAAAGAGCCGUGUAUAAUGAAAUUAUGGAUGCUGUUCGGAUUGGUAAGGGUGGUGUGUUUUUUGUGUACGGUUAUGGUGGUACGGGCAAGACUUUUCUGUGGAAAACUUUAGGUGCUUCUAUUAGAUGCAAUGGACAGAUUGUUAUUAAUGUUGCUUCAAGUGGUAUUGCAUCUUUGUUGUUAUCACGCGGUCGUACCGCUCACUCGCGAUUUCAUAUUCCAAUUAAUCUCAAUGAAGAUUCGGUAUGCCAUAUAAAGCCUAAUACUGAAAUCGCGAAUCUUUUAUAUGAAGCAAAGUUGAUUAUUUGGGACGAGGCACCGAUGAUACACAAACAUGCUUUCGAGGCUCUUGAUCGUACAUUGAAGGAUGUUUUGAGUGUUUUUGAUUCACAAAAUUCAGAACUUCCAUUUGGUGGGAAAACUAUUGUAUUUGGUGGUGACUUUAGACAAAUCCUACCAGUUGUACAAAAUGGAAGCAGGCAAGAUAUCGUAAACGCCUCAUUAUGUUCAUCCCACAUCUGGUCCACUUGCAAGGUGUUGAAAUUGACAAUCAACAUGCGUUUGUCGGUUGGAUCAAGUAGCUCAAACGUUAUGGAGAUAAACGAAUUUGGUAAAUGGCUUCUUGACAUCGGCGAAGGUAAUGUUGGUGAUUCUAUCGACGGUGAUGGAACGAUUGAAAUACCUGCUCAUCUCUUAAUAACUGAUGAGAAUGAUCCAAUUCAAGGUUUGAUUGACUUUGUAUAUCCUUCAGUUCUUCAUCGUUAUAAAGAGCGUGACUACUUUUCUGAGAGAGCUAUACUCGCUCCUAAGAAUGAAGUUGUUCAUGAUAUAAAUGACCGUUUGCUUGAUUUGUUUCCCGGUGAAGAAGUAGAGUAUCUUAGCUCUGAUAGUUUAUGUCCGACUGAGCAAAUCAACGAUCCGUUACAUCAAGAUUUGUAUAAUCCAGAUGUGUUAAAUAGUGUAAAAGUAUCAGGGUUACCAAAUCAUAGAUUGGUAUUAAAAUUGGGUGUUCCGGUUAUGCUUUUGAGGAAUAUUGAUCAGCAAAACGGUUUGUGUAAUGGUACGCGUCUUCAAAUCACACGUCUUGGUAAACGUGUUAUUGAAGCAGAGAUAUUAUCAGGAAGUAAUGUUGGAUCAAGAACUUUCAUCCCAAGAAUCAGCAUGAUACCAUCUGACAAGAAAAUACCGUUCAAAUUUCAAAAAAGGCAAUUUCCAAUAACCGUAUGUUUUGCGAUGACUAUUAACAAAAGUCAAGGACAAUCUCUAUCUAGAGUUGGUAUAUACCUCAGAGACCCCGUGUUCUCACAUGGUCAGCUUUAUGUUGCGUUGUCCAGGGUUAAGACUAAGGAUGGCGUUAAGGUUUUAAUAUUCGACAAAAAUGGGAGGCCAACAAAUAAAACUGCAAACGUUGUUUACAAAGAAAUAUUUGGGAAAUUGUAG